GCGGGGUGACGAAUGCACGCCAGUCUAGCCCACGACCCUUGGCCUUUCGUUUGGCCGUCCGUGAGGACCCCUACGACACCAUCGUAUAGACGGGAGGGCGAUGGAGCUAUCGUUCAACAGUCCUGGGUACUGGUCCUUCGUCGCCGUCCACCCCGCACAAGUGGGUGUUUAUAAGGAUGCGGGCGUCCUUGCGAAAUGCACGAUUGAACUCCAAACACGUGCAUCACGCUACACACGCCAGCCUUCUCGUUGUCUCGCCUUCACCUGCUCCUGCCUCCUCCCCCUGCUUGCUCUUCUCCGUUGCACGAAGGUAGUCGCACGUUGCACUCCGCCUUCUUGGACGAUCCUGGUCUUGCAGCGGGUUCACUGUCUUGUGCGCGCGCCUUCUACAAGCGUUCCGACGUCAUCGUCGUCAUCCUCACCGCCUUCGUCGCCGUCACCGCUUUUGUUGCCAUCAUCACCAUCAUCACUGCGAUCACGGCCGUCGCCUUCUUCAACGCACGGGGGCUUCCACCGUCGUCGUCGCCGCAUUCAGCGUGGGACCUGUGAACGUCAUCGUUGCGUUCUUCCACCGUGGAGUGCGCAACUCAUAUUCGUCAUCGUCACCGCCAUCGUCGCCAUCAUCGCCAUAGUUGUCGUCUCUCCCGCCGUCACCGCCGUCGUCUUCGUCGCCGUUGCGGACCGUCGUCGACAACGUCGCCAUCAUCGCCAUAGCCGCCAUCGCAGUGGAGACGAUCUUUCGAAGCGCAAGGCACAUUUCGCCAACGCAGCGGAGAUCUCGACUUUGCGGGUGAUCAAGCUUCAAGUGGGUGUGUCGUGCGCCAUGUCGUCCCACGGUUCUGGACGCGGCAAGUCCGCUGCCAACCUCGUAGAGGAUGCGACGGUCCGAGAGAAAAACGGCCGCCGCGUGGCCAACAAGAAGAGGAAGGUCGUCCAAGGCGGCCCCUCACUUGCAAGUUACGUCGACGAUGAAGACUGGGUGCCGGAGGGGGUGGCAACGCGGGACGAAACCAACUUCGACGAAGAGGAUGAUGCGCCAUUGAAGAGGAAGUCGUUCAGGCGGACGGGUGGAAGCCUCUUGAUAGACGAGGGUGGCGAUAGACAAGGCGGAGGAGGGCGCGCAAUCAUGGAAGACAUCGUCGUCGUCGACACCGCGGUGGCAUCCACGGAGGGCGGGGGAAGUGUCGUCACACAUCAAAAUCGAGCGCCCAUGCCACAUGUGAAUGACGCCCCCGACGCGCAAGAGGGCGAUGUCGCCAGAGCGGGGGAGGACGACGAGGCGCUGGUCAACAGGUUGAGGCAGCGGAAUAUGCGGGAUGAAAUGGAGGUGGCGUCGAAGCUGUGGGUGGACGACCUCCGCUUCUGGAACGAAACGGAAGGAAUCCCCAUAGUGAAGUUGAUACAGGAAGCGCGCCUGUAUCUUGUGGUGGUGGCGCGGGGAGUGCCGCCUCCGGUCGUUCGUCGAAGCAUCGUCUUGCCUCAUACGACCAUCCCGCAGCACAAAAUCGCGGACGAAUCGGAGUUGAACGCUACGAAGGAGAGGGCGGUGAAGGUGCAGGGGAUUGCUUUGCGGGUGAUCCACGGGUGGGUCUUCAAGUCGGCGAGCAGGCAACGGGGGUACCACGCUGCGUACCAAUACGCGUUGAACCACGUGGCCACUGACAUCGCUCACGCCAUGUGGAUGGGGGAGGACAGGCGCAUAUGUGUGAGCCCCAUGGUGAUCCACGUUACCCUGGACAUGGAUAUGAAGUUGCCAUUGUGGUUCAUCGGCGUCGUCAUCGAAGACAGGCACGAGAACGAUGACUUGGCGGCGUAUCAGGAGGCAAGCAUCCAGUGACAGGUGGGGGAUUUCACGAGCGCCGUGAGCAUGGCGGAGGGGAUCGACGGCGGACGGGUGUCGUACGAAAGGUUGAAGAGC